AUGGAACAUUCAUUAAGCACAUCGUCAAAAUCAGUGAGAGUUUUCUCAAAGAGCCAAGCACUGCUGGGGAGCAGCAGAAAGAGCUCCAGCAGUAUGUCAAGGGAGUACAUGAAGGAGCUGAGCAAAUACUUAAAAGAGCUGAGCCAUUUGGAAAGAAAAAUAGAGAAUAGGAGCAUAUUGCUAAACAGCAGCUACGAGAAGAUCAGCGAGAUAAGCUCAUCACGCGAUCCUCUUAUGCUGCAGAAAGUGCUGAAGCUCAAGCUAACUCUGCUUGUAGAAAGAAAGGACAGACUGCACGCAGAGAUAAGCAGCGCCAAGUCAUCGCUGCUCUCGCAGAAGGAAAAGAUAGAGAGCAGCAUAAGCUCUAGGCCGCACUCUUCAAGCAUAGACUCAUCAAUUGCAAGCUUUAAAAGCAUCCAGCAGUCCAUCAACCAAAAGGUUGUAGACCACUACUCAAGAUACAAUAAAACUCUUUCCGAAAUAGAGGAUCUUGUACGAGACUCUCUGAUCAGCAAAAAAGAUAGAAGGAUCAUAUUUUCAAUUCUUUUCCCAAAGUUCAAAGAAGAUAGCUAUCCGCUACUGACCAAGUGCUUCAGAAAGGUCUUUGGAUCGAGAGUAUCUACAGCAACACAGUUUAUGGGCGAAAUACUCAGAAGAAGCUCUUCGUCUGAGAUUCAUCUUUCAAGCGAUUCAGACUCGUUUGACAUGCUCUCGUGUUUUGUCCAUUUUGUGCGAAACCACCUGCUGACAUCGUCAUGCUUUAUAUUUGGAUCAGUCUGCACUAUCUGCAUAGUAAUGUGGAAGCUGGUGUCCAGUGUUCUUUCUUCAUCUAGCAUGUCGACCUCUAUUGCAUCUAUUAGCAUACUCGCGUGUGUUCUAUUUGGAUGGUCAACCUUUGGGGUAUUUGCGUUCUUUUUUUCGUGGACAUUCGGCCAGUCUUCUUCUGCACCAGUGCCAUCUAGCUCACUCUCAGAUAGUAUUAGCUCAUUAAGUAGCAGCAGCAAAUCAUCUAGUAGCAGCAGCAAAUCAUCUAGCAGCUUGUCUAGCAGCCAGUCAAAGAGCAGUAAAUCAUCUAGCAGCUUGUCUAGCAGUCUCCUAAGCAGCAGUAGCAAAUCAUCUAGUAGUCAAUCAAAUUCUAGCAGCAGUAAAUCAUCUAGCAGCAGCAAUAGUAAGCCUAGUAGUUUAUCUAGUGAUAGCUCACUUUCUAGCAGCUUAUCUAGCAGUCAGUUAAGCAAUAGCAAAUCAUCUAGCAGUCAGUCAAAUUCUAGCAGUAGCAAAUCAUCUAGCAGUCAAUCAUCUAGUAGCCAGUCACAUUCUAGCAGUAGCAAUAGUAAGCCUAGCAGUAGCUCACUUUCUAGCAGCUUGUUAAGCAGCUUGUCUAGCAGUAGUAUGUCAAUUAGCAGGCCUAGCAGCGGAAGUAGUAGCCAGUCUAGUAGCAGUAAGAACAGCAGCAUAGGAUCAUCUGGGCAGUCAGCCAGUAGGCCAUCAUCUAUAAGCGAUAGAUCGUCUCUUUUAGACUCUCCUUCUCUCAGUGAGUCGCUGUACUCUUCUUUAUUGAGUGAUUCGUCACAUAGUAAAGAGUCAUCUCGCUCAUCUGUAUCUCACUCUAGCUCCAGCUCUUCAGAGACAAGCCUGCAGGACAGCAUAGCAGUGUUUGACAAGCAGAUGCUCACACUCUUCCCUCUCUUUGCAGCCAACGUCCUUUCCUCUCUGGCAGUGUGCAUGCUCUCUGUUUCUAGCGUAGACUACCUUCUUAGCGCGCUUACACCAAGCCAUGCUAAGAGCAUAUUUCUACUGCUCUGUUCAGCAUGUUCUGUCUUUUCCAUCUCGCUGUCCAGCAUAAAGUCGCUGCAGAUUCUCAAGUCUUCUUCCAGAAGCUCUUCGCUCUCCUCCAUUUCUCUUUUUGUCUUUGCAGUGUCCCUCUGUCUGCUGAUCACUGUGGUCACAUCAGGAGCCUGCGAGGUAAGCUCGUGGUUCCUUUCCUAG